CGCUAGCCAAGGGUUUUCGGUCCACUCCGCUCCCCAUAAACCCUUGGCCGAUCGAGCUAUCUAAAAGUUGACAAUGUUUAUAUCACGUGAUGCCCGAAUGGAAUUUAUAUUCAGCCAAUGAAAAGACAUGUUAUAGCACAAACCGAUAACAACAAUGGCGUCAUCCAGUAAAAGCGAGGAAAUGCUGAACGAUGAAUCGAAAAAGAAAAUUUCGGACGUAUUCAAAGUAGAUUUAAGGGAAAACCAGGUGAGAGGAAUUGAAGCAGUUAUGGCUGGCAAAGAUGUAUUUGUUGGGACACGAACAGGUAGCGGAAAGUCCUUGGUAUAUGAAAGCAUCCCCAUCAUCAAACCAGGAAUAAUUGUAAUUGUGGCACCUCUCCUAUCAAUUAUGAAAGAGCAAGUGGAGAAGUUGAGCAGUUUAGGCUUUAAAGCCACUCAUAUAGGGAAAGAUGAUGCAGAGAACGAGGGGAUAGAGAAGGGAAAGUACAGUUUCUUGUUUGGAAGCCCAGAGAAACUUGUUGGAGAGACUAAGUGGAGAGAAAUGCUGCAGUCUAAUGUAUAUAAGAGCAAACUGCAAUUGUUAGUGGUGGAUGAGGCCCAUACAGUUACACUUUGGGGAUUCGGCAGGGAAGGUGAAGAACCAUUCCGAGAGUGGUUUUCAAAAAUAGGAGAGUUAAGAUCCCUUUUCCCAAAUAUCCCAGUUGUGGCACUAACUGCAACAUCAUCAACAUCCCAAAGGAAGAAGAUUAUGAAUAGCCUCUGUUUUGAUAAACAUGCUAUCAUAAUUUCGGAAUCUCCAAACAGAGAAAACAUUAAAAUGACAUCAAUCCAAGUACCCAACAAUGAGAAUUUACAAAUCACAUUUAGUUGGAUGAUCCAAGGAUUGCAAGAGAAAAAAGAGAAAUUUCCAAGACAUUUGGUAUUUUGUGAAACCAUUUUGACAGUUUCAAAACUUUAUUCUGUUUUCAUGGAUACUUUUGGGAGAAACUGUCCAUAUUAUAAUAUGUUCCACAGUAAGACCAAAGAGACUGUAAAGGACGAAAUCCGGAAAGACAUGGCUAAAGAUGGAGUUAUUCGUGUUUUAAUUUGUACAAACUUUGCAGGAAUGGGAGUGAAUUACUCAUUUUUAAGUAAUGUGAUACAUUAUGAACUCCCCCAUGAAAUGGACACUUUUGUCCAGCAAAUGGGUCGAGCAGGACGGGAUGGUCACUUUUCUCAUGAACUUAUUUUAUUCAAAGUGCAUAAAGGAAUGUUGAAGAAAAUUGACCCAGAACUAGUUCAAUUAGCAAAGGACUCGCAGUGUCGACGUAAAAUUUUUUGUAACUCUUAUGCAUGUUCAUUUCAAGAAGUUGUUCCAAUCCACAAAUGUUGUAAUAUCUGUGAGAAAAAUUGUAGUUGUGGUGAGGAAACAUGCCCAGAAGCACACCCAGCAACAAAAUCGACAAGUCAAUGCUCCUGCCUUAGUCCUAACCUUUUAGAACGAUCAGUGACACAUGGAGACCGUAUGUUUUUAAGAGAAAAACUUAUUGCAUAUAAAUUCUCACUAUGUGAUUCCACAAAUCUGAUAUCUAAUAAUCUUCUGCAUGGAUUGACAGAUAAACUUAUUGAAGACAUUGUGGGGAAAUCGAAUGUGCUUUUCACUGCAGCUGAUAUCAUUAAUAGUUUUCCAAUCUGGGAUUAUGAAGUUGCAGAAAAAAUUUGCUCCAUUAUCAAUGAGGUUUUUGGGGAUACGGAAAUGUACAAUAUCAGCGAUAGUGAUGCAUCAGAUUUAGAAUCUUGAUGGGUUUUUAAGAUGUUGUGUGGCUACCAUAGAGUGUUUGAAUAUCUUAAAAGUUGAAACAUGUAUUCGCAAAGCUGCUUGUAUUUUUUGCUGCUCUGACAAGAGACUAAAUUUUGCUAUGUAGUAUAAGACUUGCAUAAUAAAAUAGUGAGUAUGCAACAAUCAUUGUUGUAAGUCAAGGGUUUUCAGUCAAAGAGCAGAGAUGGCUAAAUUACUUGACUAGCGAACAAUUAUUAGAAUUUGUAACCCAUAACAUCAGUUUAAUUUCCCAUGCUUGCAUGGGAUUUUAUAAACUGCAUUGCUAUGAAAAUUAUUAUGUUGAAAUGAAACAUUUGAAUAUGGUAGCUUUUCUGUAGUUAAGAUAAAAAGAAGAAACAAUUUAUUAGGGUGUUCCAAUUAAACAUGUUUUUGUUUUCAUCAACAUGUUCUUGUGCAUUAUUUAUUAAAAUUUAUGCUAAUGUCA